AUGAAGCUCCUUGAGGCGACGCCUUUCAAGUCUGGGGAUUUGGAGUUGGAUGAGGACCAAUUGAGGAAUCAGUGUCUGGAAUUGCUGGAAUGCAUCUACCAGGAGGAAAAUAGAUAUAAGACAUUCCAUCAAACUGGCGCCCACAACGAGACCAUUCAGGUGGACACAUUUAAGGGAAGCAACGGAUGGGCCGGGAGGAGUAACACUAUAAGCGCCAAUGAUUAUAAUCUAGAGAAUGUUGUGGAAGCUUUGACGGGCUGUGUGUAUGAGGGGGACAAAUGGAAGAUUGCGGAUCCAACCUUACACACCUAUUACGAGAAACAGUAUAUGGGAAAGUUAGUUGAAAGCUUCGUAAUCUUGAAAGGUGCUCCAGAGCCAUGGUACUGUGUAGAACUGAACUACAACCUAGGGCCCUUGUUGAAAACACGAAAGUUCUACGAAUAUGUCAGGGUGCUUCCUCCACUGGAGCAAAAUGAAGGCAGCAAAGUGAAACUAUUUGGCAAGGAGUCGGGGUUCAUCGUGAGCGUUCCAGCGGACAUUGAAGAAAUACAGCAGACGCUCAGGUCUAGUGACAAUCCUAAUCUCCAUUCCGACAGUUUACUAACUGAUUUGCAAUUUUCAAAAGAAUGGGUCUAUGCCCAGUAUUCCUCGGUGGAAAGUAUUAGUUAUGGCGAUAGCCAAGACCUUAUCUGGAACAUGGCAACAGCUUCCAACGCUGGGGGGUUUGUGCCGAGUUUUAUUACCGUGCUCGCUCUUCCAAGAACAAUAGCUCAAGAUGUUCCCCAUUUACUGCGUUGGAUUCAUCAGAGAAGGCGAUUACCCAAAGAGGUCAAUAAAUCAGAAUAG